AUGGGAGACUCACAUAAAGUAGACGAAGCCGAAAAUGUAUGCAUCAUCUACGUACACAUUUCAACACCAAGAGGAGUUCUCCCCGCUGUUGUGCUACGGUCUACCGAGGCACUGUUGCUUGAUCUUGACAAGAACUCGGAUGUUGCGGGGAGAACUGUACCACGCAUUUCUUCCAGGAUUGACGGCGAAGAGAAAUCGUUGUCACCAUGCUUGUCACAGGUUCAACCAGGCUGGGGAAGCAUCGAGGCGAGAGCUUGUGAGACUCUGGCGAGAACUCCUCUGCCUCCACCAAGUGCCACUGAAGAAGAAGAGGCAGGUCUCUUCCGAGACGAUGCAUACAUAGACGGUCCAAUCAAAGUAGACUAUGGAACAAAUCUCCGAUCCAAUUCUCAAAGAACCAGCUUCGGCAGAGGAGUCUACGUCAAUUUCAAUUGCACCUUUCUCGAUACCUGCCUGAUCACCAUCGGUUCUCGGACGUUGAUAGGACCUGGCUGCUCCUUCUUCGCCGCCACGCAUCCUCUCGACCCCUUCCUCCGCAAUGGCAUCAACGGCCCAGAACUCGGAGGUCCAAUCACUAUUGGUGAAGACUGCUGGUUCGGUGGCAAUGUUACUGUAUGUCCGAAUGUAACCAUCGGAAGAGGUUGCACGAUUGGUGCUGGAAGUGUGGUGACUAAGGAUGUCCCUGCCUUCCAUGUCGUGGCUGGAAAUCCAGCUCGAAUCAUCAAGAAGAUCGAGCCCAAGGAGCCUGAUCCCGCCCUUGCUCUCUCUGAGGGUAGUGAGGCCAUAAUAGCGGCCGCGGAGCGUAACUGA